CAUCAUGAGUUGGACCAGCCGUCGCCUGGCAGCCGAGACUAUGGCCGAGACAGCCAGACAGAAUGCGAGGAGUCAGAAGUGCCACAUAAUCAGUUAAAGGUCAGCUAUUAUCGUGCCACACAGGCAGGUUUUAGAUCAUCUGGACAUGGCUAAAGACCCGUUGGCAGAGGCUGGUCUACAUUUUGAUGAACUCAACAAAUUGCGAGUACUCGAGCCUGACGUGAGCCAGAAAACCACUGAGCUCAAAGAGGAAUGUGAGGACUUUGUUGACAAGAUUGGACAGUUUCAGAAAAUUGUAGGUGGACUUAUUGAACUUGUGGAUGAACUGGCAAAGGAGGCUGAAACUGAAAAGAUGAAGGCCAUUGGUGCAAGAAAUUUGCUGAAAUCGGUUGAAAAACAACGAGAGGCCCAACAGCAACAGCUUCAGGCUUUGAUUGCAGAAAAGAAAAUGCAGUUGGAAAGGUACCGAAUAGAAUAUGAAGCUCUUCAGAAAGUCGAAGCGGAGCAGAAUGAAUUCAUUGAUCAGUUUAUACUGCAGAAAUAAGAGUGCUGUGUUUUCUCCCUCUCUGUUGGACAGAAAAUAAGUGAUGCUAUGCAUCUUGACUCACAAUGACUUCCUAUAAAGUACUGGGUCCCAAAAUAGGUUAAGCAGUUUAUAGGUGACAACAGACAUCAACCUGUCUGUUUCAGCCUCAACCUCUGACUCUAAUGUGUUAACAUUGACUGCUUUUGCAUGGCCAGGGGUCAUACUUGUAAACUUUCCAACUAUAGUUCAUAAUCUCAGAUGCUAUUUAUAUUCAAUAUAAUUUAUUUAUACUAUUUAUACGAAAAUUAGUUUGUAAAUCAUUAUUUUUGUUCAACUGCAAAAUACAGUAUUUGCAUGUUACUGUAAAUAAUCCCAUCAUGCAAGUAAUUCCAUUCACAAGUAAUAAUCUUCAGGUAAAUUGUUUAUUGUCUAUAUGAUUUUUAUUUUAACUGCUGUUUGUAACUUGAACCCAUCCAGUUUUAUUUUAUCAUAUCCUUAUGGCAAUUUUAUUGUCUGCUCAUGGGACCACAACAAAAUAUUUUCCAUAGAAAAUAUGGAAAGCUGUAAUAUGAAAUUUGUUUACAUUAACCGUUAUUAGGUGUGUAAUCUCAAUAUUUGAUUAACUUCAUACAGAUUUGAAGAACAUUUGAAUAAAAAUAUAUUUUGGUUUUACAUGUGUUGCCAUCAGUAAACAAAACUGUAAAUUACUAUGGGGUCAAAAAUUGCUCAAAUACAUUUUUGCUUAAAGAUUGCUUACAAUUAUCAAAUAUGCUGGUACAUAAUCACAUAUUUUAUCACAUUUAACCAGUAAUAACCAACAAUUACAUCGGAACCCUGGUGGGUUAUAAUGAAUGCAUCCAUCUCGGCUCACCUAAAGGAUUAUUGGGAACACCUGUUCAAUUUCUCAUUGAUGCAAUUAUCUAAUCAACCAAUCACAAGGCAGUUGCUGCAAUGCAUUUAGGUCAAGACAAUCUCCUGAACUCCAAACUGAAUGUCAGAAUGGGAAAGAAGGGUGAUUUAAGCAAUUUUGACCGUGGCUGGUUGAGUAUUUCACAAUCUGAUCAGUUUCUGUGAUUUUCACGCACAAUCAUUUCUAGGGUUUACAAAGAAUGGUGAGAAAAGGGAAAAACAUCCAGUAUGCAGCAGUCCUGUGGGUGGAAAUGCCUUGAUGCUAGA